AUUUUGAUUAUAUACAUGUUUUAUCAAGGACUACAAAUUGUAUGUAUACGUAGACUCUGGCGCCAAUUGUUACGUAGUGUUGAGAAGGCUCCGAAAUGGCGGAGUGUGAGUAACUAAGAAAGCUGGUAGAUGGCAGUGACUGUUUUGCAGGUGACCCACGUGAAAGUGGGACGCGAAACUUCUAAGACAGCUGUUAGGUGGGAGUAACAUUUUACUCGCAGAGUACUAUAAAAAAGAAAGUCCGUGCACACAACGAUAGCGAUAAAGGUGUAUGGGGACUGGAGGUGUAGCACCACUAUUUUUGACUUCGUCAGUAGAUUGAAGAGUUGCCCCCGUCUAUUCAAAAUGGAUGCUUACAAGCCAAGUUGCUCGAACUGGCGUUCACCUUCCUCGCAGCAGUAUUUGUCGUCGAGCAGUGAAGACGAUGACGGCUAUGAUGCACAUGAUUACGAUGAAGAAGAAGAAGAAGAGGAAUAUGACGAAGAGACGGGGUGGGAAGGAGAGGAAUACGACGAGGAAGAGGGGUGUGAAGAAUGGGAGGACUACGACGAGGAAGAGGGGUGUGAAGAAGAAGAGGAAUAUGACGAAGAGGAGGGGUGCGAAGGAGAGGACUACGACGAGGAAGAAGGGUGUGAAGAAGAAGAGGAAUACGACGGAGAAGAUGAGUACUGGGAUGAUGAUGAUGAAUACGACGAGGAAGAAGAAUUGUGUUAUGAAGAGGAGGAAGAACCUUAUCAAGUUUCUGUUGCACACAGCCACAAGCCUUCAACUUGGAUGGACAUGCCCUUAGAUAAGGAAGUGGAGCUUGUUCAGCUACCCACAAACAGCCCGGAAUAUUUGAAAGUAAAAAGUAAAGUUCAUUCGACUCUACCAGUGCAUAUAGACAGAAUUGUGAGGAUACAGAACCCCUAUAUCUGGGGUUGCUACACGUUAAAGAAAAAUGAAUAUGAACAUCGUCUUGGGUCCGCAGUUAAGGAGCUGGAAUUAUUCCACGCAACGGCACAAAGCAAUGUCGACUCCAUCGCUGCUAAUAAUCUAGAUUGGAGACGUACGAAGCGUGCAAAAUUUGGAAAGGGGGUGAGCUUCUCACCUCGAGCGCAUUAUGCCAACAAAUAUUGCAAUUAUAAUGCUGGAACCGAACGAGCCCUCAUACUUACCAGGGUUCUCGUAGGAAAGUGCCAUAAGGGGAAGUACUGGAUGAAAUCCCCGAAAGAAGGGUAUGACACGACAAUAGGGAAUUCAAAGUCUGUGUAUGUGAAAUAUGAAGACAACGAAUUCUAUCCCGAGUACGUGGCAUAUUACAGACAGUAGGACACAGGAGUUCGUAUCUCAAGAUAACGUGUGCCCGGCACGUGACUUUCACGUGAGCGAGCCUCUUACGCAGGAGCGUAUAUACACUAUUAGUACAGGCCCGGAUCAAGACAGGAAUGCCGAACAGGUCUGCGGGAAAUUGAUAUUAAGUGUUUUAAACAGAAUUCAGGGAUACCAGUUAAUUGCGUAGGAUAAAAUAUAUUAUUUGUUGAUUAUGAAGUUUUUUCCCAGAUUCAAAGGGUUCAAUUAUAUUUUUUUAAACGGAAAUAAUUAAUCAUAUAGUAUGCACUAUAUAUUUGUUUUUAUAUGCCUGUCAAAUACAAUAAUCAAAAUAACUCCCACUCUGUCGUGUCAACUGAGUUUGUAUUGGAUUAAAUAAUAAAAACUCAGUUGACAAGACAGAGUGGAAGUGAGUUAUGUUGAUUGUUGUGUUUGCUGAGCUCUUCUUGAGGAGCCGCCAGUUGUGCAGCUACUCUUCCCAGCAUUUUAUGGAACCCGAAGGUUCAU